AUGGUGCCUCUCCAAGAAACUAUCCAGACUAAUCAAACAAUGAUCAGUGAGUUUAUCCUGCAAGGGUUUCCAGGCUCUGCAGAGCUACAGAAGUAUAUGUUUGCACCUGUGCUGUUCAUGUACAUCCUAACUGUUGUGGGCAACAUUCUGAUCAUCUUCAUCAUCAUCUGUGAUCACCAUCUCCAUAACCCCAUGUACUUCUUUCUGGGGAACUUCUCCUUCCUGGAGAUCUUUUACGUUACCACCUUGUCACCCAAGAUGCUGGCCAACUUUCUGGCAGAGAGGAGGACCGUUUGCUUCUACUGCUGCAUCACCCAAGCCUUUUUCCACUUCUUACUUGGGGCCACAGAAUUCUGCCUGCUUGCUUCAAUGUCCUUGGAUCGCUACAUAGCCAUCUGCAAACCUCUGCACUACACAACCAUUAUGAGCUCCAGAAUGUGCCUCUGGUUAGCCUUGGGAUCAUGGCUGGGAGGGUUCUUCACAGUCAUUGUUCAGACCAUCUUACUGUGUCAGCUCCCAUUUUGUGGUCCUAAUCUGAUCAACCAUUUCUACUGUGAUGUAACCCCUCUGUUGAGCUUGGCUUGCACUGACACACACCUGCUAGAGCAGAUGGUCUUGGUGGGAUCAGCCCUUCUCCUCUUCAGUUCCUUCUUGUUCACUGUAAUCUCGUACAUCCUCAUCAUCUCCACCAUAUUGCGUAUCCCUUCUUCUCUGGGGCAGCAGAAGGCUUUCUCAACCUGCGCAGCUCACCUCACUGUGGUGUCCAUACAAUAUGGGACGGUAAUGUUCAUGUAUGUGAAACCCAGAGCAAACUCAUCUCUGGAGAUAAACAAGGUUGUUUCUGUGCUGAACACAGUCAUAACCCCUCUCCUCAAUCCAUUCAUCUAUACCCUGAGGAACAAAGAUGUCAAAGAAGCUUUAAGGAGAGCAACAAACUUUAAAACCAGAAAAGACAACCAGGUCUCACUGCCUUGA